AUGACGUACGAGGUUCAGUUGCACCUCCGGCUUACUCUGUCUUCCGAGUCUUCGGAGCAAGAAGAGCUUCCUCUCCGCCAGCCCCGCCCCAGCUCCGUAUCGACCCACGACCACUGCGAAAAUGCGGACGGUCUACAACGCCGCCUCAAUAACCGCCAAAUUCAGCUCAUCGCCAUCGGAGGCUCGAUAGGCACGGGCCUCUUCAUCGGAAUCGGCGCCGGCUUGGCCAAAGGUGGGGCCGGAAGCCUGCUCGUCUGCACCGUGCUCUACGCCGCCGUCUUGGCCCUCGUGAACAACUCCAUCGCCGAGAUGAGCACCUACAUGCCUGUAUCGGGUGGUUUCCUUCGGCUCGCCGGCGAAUGGGUCGACGACGCUAUGGGUUUCAUGGUCGGCUGGAACUUCUUCCUGUACGAGGCUCUCCUGAUCCCCUUUGAAAUCGUGGCCCUCAACCUCGUCUUAUCCUUUUGGAGCGACGAAAUCACCAAACCGGGGCCGACCGCCGGAUUCUGCGCCGCCAUCAUCAUCGUUUACGGCCGAAUUCUGGCUCUCCGUCGGCAAGGUCCUGCUCAUCUUCAUCCUGUUUGGCUUUACCUUCGUGACCAUGGUCGGCGGCAACCCCAGCAUGACGCCUACGGCUUCCGCUUUUGGAAAGACCCCCAAGACGCCUUCGCCACCUACCGCACGUUGGGCGACCUCGGCCGCCUCGAGGGCUUCAUGGGCGCCCUGGCCUCGGUCGCCUUCUUCGUCGUCGGCCCCGAUUACAUCUCCAUGGUCGCCGCCGAGGCCAAGCACCCCAGCGUCUACAUCAAGACCGCCUUCAAGACCGUCUAUUUCCGAUUCGGCCUCUUCUUCAUCGGCGCCGCCUUGACCUGCGGCAUCGUCGUCGCCCACAACGACCCGGCUCUCGUGCAGAUCCACCUCGAGGGCGGCGGCGGUGCCACCGCGGCCGCCUCCCCUACCCUCGCGCUCGAGGGCCGCGCCCCGGCAUUCCUCCGGAAGACGACCAAGAAGGGCGUGCCCAUCUACUGCUUCUGCGUCACCAUGCUCUUCCCCUUCCUCUCCUUCCUCCAGCUCGACAGCAGCUCUGCCGAGGCGCUGAGCAUUCUUCUAUCCCUCAUCACGGGAGGCGGAAUCGUCGACUACAUCUCCAUGAGCAUCACCUUUCUCUUCUUCUACCGUGCCUGCAAGGUCCAGGGCCUCGAUCGAAAGACUCUGCCUUACUACGGAUACUUCCAGCCCUACGGUGCCUGGAUCGCCCUCGUCCUGCAGAUAAUUGUCGUGUACACCUACGGAUACACCUCGCUGGCGCCGUUUGACGUUACAAGCUUUUUCUCCAACUACACGAUGCAGAUCCUCGCGCCUCUCAUGUUUGUGGGAUGGAAGCUUCUCAAGCGGACCAAAUUCGUCAAGCCGGAAGAGUGUGAUCUCGUCUGGGACAGGCCCAUCAUUGACGCGUACGAAGAGCGCAUGAUGAUCGAGGAGCCGCCUACUACGUUUUGGCAAGAGAUCAAGGCCAUGGUUGGCUUCAAGCCCAAGAAAACCCAUGUUGCCGCCGGCGAGGAGAAGGCGUGA